CCACCUCCAGCCUUGCUAUCAUCCAGCGCGCCCAGCGGAGGCCUGCCCGGCAUUCCCUGGUAUGAGCUGCAGUGAUGGGGAAGGCAACUAGAGAUCAGACUUACUUCCAGAGGAGCAGUCUGUUUUGGGUCACCAUCAUCACCGUCUCCUUUGGCUAUUACACGUGGAUGGUGUUCUGGCCUGAGAGUAUUCCUUAUCAGAGCCUAGGGCCCCUGGGCCCCUUCACGCGGUACUUGCUGGACCAUCACCACACCCUUCUUCACAAUGGGUAUUGGCUUGCCUGGCUGAUUCAUGUGGUAGAGACUUUGUAUGCCAUGGUAUUGUGCAAGUCUAAAGGCAUCACAAAUACUUCCACUCAACUACUCUGGUUCCUACAGACAUUCCUCUUUGGGAUGGCAUCUCUCUAUUACUUGAUUACUUACAGACCAAGACGCCAAAAACAAACUUGAAGAUAUCCAAAAAAAUUGAAUCACUGUUUUGUACACCUUAAACUAAUAUUAUAUUGUAUCAACUAUACUUUCAUUUAAAAGGAGAAAAUAUAGCAUAUAAAGUUCCUAAGGGAAGACAAGAAGAUAUUCCAAAAGCUUUCUCUACACUUUAACAUUCAGCCUCACCUUUCUUUUUUUUUUUUUAAGGUCCACACUCUCAGCAUAUGGAAGUUCCCAGGUUAGGGGUUGAAUCAGAUCUAUAGCUGCUGGCCUGCACCACAGCCACAGCAAUGCCAGAUCUGAGCCCCAUCUCACAUGUGACCUACACCACAGCUCACAGGCAACACUGGAUCCUUAACCCACUGAGCAAGGCCCAGACCGAACCCACAUCCUCACAGAUACUAGUUGGGUUCAUUACCACCAAGCCACAAUGGGAACUCCCUCCCUCACCUUUUUUAAAGAGUACUGUAUGUUUACUUGAUCUUUCUACUUUCUGGAAAGUUACAACCCUCUAGUUUAUUCAUUGAGUAGAUAGCAGGAAAAGAUCCUAGCUUUCCAAUUCUGCAGACUAACCUAUUUGGCAAGAGGGUUUCCAGGACCUCCUUGCGGUCCUUGGCUGGGUUGUUUCUCUCCCUGUCACCUGGUCUAAGCCAUGUACUAAGUUUGCUUCUUGGGAUACCUUUACUCCCACCUUCUGAUUCAAACACCUGACCUUUACCACCACCAUCUUAGCAGCCCUCCUUUCCCCCAAUUUUUUUCUACCCACUGGAUCAACAUAGUGACGCUUCCACAACACAUCAAUUCCACCCACAUUCAUCAGACACCUGUGAGGCAGGAUCCUCUCUCAAGCUUCCAUUUUUCACACUACAGAGAAAGACAAGCAAGUAGCUGGAAUGGGUGAGGCAGAGCAGUGACAUAGGGGACAUGCUGAGAAGCAAGAGGAGAGGAUUGGGGCAUGCCUAGUCUGCUUCUGCCAGCCAGAAGUGAUGCUUCCCUCCACACACACCCACUCCCCGACCCACUGCCACACACACACACACACACACACACUACUGUGUAGUUUGCAGGGUCUGAUGAUGUCCACCUUCAAGUGAGGACCACAUCUUGAGCAGCUUCCCUUUUCCUCCUACCACCCAUCCCGUCACCUUGCACAACACAGAUGUUCAAUCAGUGUUUACUCAACAGAGGAGGGAAACUGACUCCACUUUGCACUUGGUUAGUAUCAUUCCAAUUUUUUAUGUGGAAACAGUAGAACCCAUUCAGUGUGCCCUUGUCUCAGAGAAAAGCACAAGACUGCCCUUGACUGACGCCACCACCUUUCUGUGGGUCCACUGGUGGGAAACCUGUAUCUUUUUCACACUUUCCUAUUCUUGGUCACUUUCUCCAGACUCGGUAGAUGUCUUUCUCCAGCUCAGACUCACUGAGCCACUCCUGUGCUAGGGGUUCUAGCCCAUAACUUAUUCAACUAGUUACUACUACUCUCACUCACCCAGUUAUAACUCAUUACUACUGACUGGUUGGGGCAGGAGGAUCAUUAUAACCUCUAGGAACUCUUAGAGCUCCUUUCCUGGAGGACAACCUGCUUGUUCACUAAUGAUUAGACCUUAUUUUCCUUCCAUAUAUAUUAGGUCAUGUUAUUUGUUUUAAGCAAACAUUUAUGAGAAACAUCCCCUUCCGCCAAAAAAGAGGUCCCAAGUAAAAAAAAGUACAACCAUGAAAGAUAAUGGACUAUGAAUUCGUUUUGGUGGAGAUCAGCUUCUACAAAUUAAUUCCAGUCUUUCCCUCUGUUUCCUUUGUGAUUAAGAAGCUACUAAUGGUGCCAAGGAUAACAUGGCAGAUUAUAAAAUGAAAUGGAUUAACUUGAAUAAAAUACUGUGAAUUGUGUCUCCAA